AUGGCUUUCUACCAGUUCUCACGUUUACCGGUGGAGAUCCGCAUCCUAAUCUGGAAGUCUGCUCUGAAGGCAACAGCGAUAGAAUUAGGAGCCCUAACACCAAGCGGGAGGCCGCCACUCAGCAGCAAAAUCUGGUAUAAAUUAGGCGACGGACGUAACCACGCAGUGCCCCAGAUCAAUCAUGAAGCAAGGCAGGUGGCUUUCGAAACGUGCAAACUGCAGCCUUUUCCCGUUUCCCUCAUUUCCGGUGGCCCCUCGGUCCAUUUCAGGGUAACAAUAUACGUCAACUGGAACGAGGAUAUUUUCCUCAUUGAACAAUUCCAUCUAGGAUUUCACGAAGACGUGUUUCGAGUGUCCCCAGCGCCAGCAACAAAAUCUGGUUUGCCCUUCAAGCGUUUGGCUCUGUCAUUUUCAUACACGCCCAAUUCAUCGCUUCUUGAUCAAAGCAUGACUCAUGGUUACGAUCGAGCCAUGUUCUAUUGGUUUGGUAUCUACUUUGUUCCCGGCAAUAUCACCCCACCUGGUAUUGCGAGCAGUAAGCUCAAGUUGAAGGAGUACAUCAUCCUCGGAAAGCACGCAAACUGUGAACCAGUGGGUUCAGGGUGCAGGUUUGCCGGCUCAGAAGAACAGUGUGAGCAGGAAAAAACUUAUGUUGAGAAAUUACGGGAGACCUUUAAUUUCGCGGAUGAGCGAGGCAUACAAUACUACUAUCCUGGCGAAGGUCCUUUCCACAGACACGUUCAAGAGAAAGACUGGAAAAUGUUCGAACGAUGA